AUGGGGUCCGUCGAAGAUACUACCGUCGAUACCGUUCGCACGACCUUGGCCUUCCGACUUGAUCCAGCCCUCGGUGGCUGUGACCAUAACGAGGUCGGGAACCCGCAAAUACCCAAACGAGACAUCCGAGAUGUGACUAUUCACGAGAUAUCUGGUCGCGAGCAGCAGUUUACACAUGACCAGGCAGGCUUCCAGUUCAUGCAUCACAAGUCUGAAGUUCUCGAUCUCGAUCUCCAAGACGACGAAGUCGUCUCUUCGAAGUACUACGAGGAGGUUUCCGGUCUCGUGAAGAUCAUGACGGGGGCUAGCUUUGCCCAUUGCUACAUGCACUUCCUUCGGGCCUCGAAUUACGAUAGUCGGCCAAAGACCGACAAAUUCAUCAUUCCCCCAGCACAUGCCGUCCAUGUCGACUACAGUUAUAACGACGCCCCGGAGUACAUACGCACCUUGCCAGAGCGACCUCCAGACUGGGAACGUCUCUCUCGAUUCCGAUGGGCAAUCUUCAGCUGCUGGCGACCGGUGAACAAAGUGACCCGUGAUGCACUUUGCGUUGGAGACAAGAGGACUGUCCCAGACAGUGACUUGAUAGAUGGCAGUACUGAUAUGCCCGUGAAUGGUCGGCAAAGGAGGACGGGUUUGUUUUCGGUCAACCACAACUCCGCGCACAGGUACUAUUACAAGAAAGAGAUGGGACCAGAGGACGUGCUUUGGAUCAAACUUUACGACAGUAAGACUGAUGGAAGAGCGAGGUGUUCGCCGCAUUCGGCGUUCAACGCGGCCAGUGACUAUGGUGAGGCCAGACAGAGUAUUGAGACCAGAUGCAUAGUUGUAUGGGAGGGCGAACCGUUGCACUGA